ACUGUUAGAGAACGUUGUUAAUGAAAAUGUGUUAGGUCAUGUGUCGAUACAAUAACACUACUGAGGGCUCUAUAAGCCUCGAUGGGCAUCAUUGAGUGUGUAUAUGUGACCUGGGGAAAGAGUGUCAACCUGCAUUACAGUGACGGCCAGUGGCCCCGCAGAGAGUGGCAUCAAACUUAAUGUUCAUUUGAGCCACGGAUCCCUUUGUGUUAACUCAAACUGACUGUGCUUGGAUUGGUUUGGAUUGUGUGGGAGGGUUCGUGUAGGAACCCCAAUAUUGGUUUUAACCUUCAGCUGUGAGCAUGCCUCAGUACAAAUUGAUAAAAAAGAAACCAGGUCAGUCCCUGUCAGGAUAGUGACUUAGUGAGGUAUUACAGACACACCUGUUCUCCCACAUUACUUUUAUUGGAUGAUUUCCAUGAAGAUACCUUAGUAAAAACAAAGCAGUAUUGUAAUCAGUAGUGUACCCUGGGGGUUUUAUUCAAAAAAUGUGGACAGACAUUAAAAAUUGGACAAAAAUAAAGUAAAAAAACAAAACAAAAAGUAUUUUAAAUUUUGAAAGAAUCUGUGGACAGCAGAGGAAAUAAAACUGCUAUCGUCCUGACAAACAAGAUAAAAACAAGAUAAAGUUUGUAAGUAAGAUAGAGUAAAUGUGUUAUAAUUCAUUUUGACUGUUCCCACUUUCACCUCAGCCAUGUGCCACGUGAACGUUACUUCAUUUAUUGAUCUCACAAUUGGACAUUUUAAAGGUGCAUUGCAUUCUGGUCUGUUGUGGUUACUGUUAUUGGACAAACUAGUAUCUUCUCCACCAAAUUAGCCUAUAAAAAACACCUUGUUCUCCUAUAAGGGAAUUAUUGAGGUUUUAAGAUAUCAUGCAAUUGGAUCUGGUAUUAAACUUAAUUUAGUAAUUAAUCAAUUAAUUAUUACAGUAACUUCAAAAACAAGUAGAUUCAAAUAAGCAUACAGUAUAAUAAGCAGCCUGGGUCUAAACAUGGUGCAGCUUAGAGAAACAGACGAGUUUUCAUUACAGAAACAGAUUUUAGAAAGCAAUCAAGUUCACACUAUUUCCAUAAAAUUGAUUAUAAACAGAGGAUACAUUUUAAGUGAAGGUUACAAAGCUGUAGCUUGUGCACGCUUGAUUAAUUUUAAAUGAGUGCUCUGGUGCCUGCAGAAGCGGUCCCAUAAUACGUUUUAUUUGAAAGAAAGAAACAAAGAAAUACACUACAGACUCUUCUGGCAUGAUGCCUAAUAAUUUUAUUGUGAGCGCAGAAACUCAAGAACAGUUCAUCCCUGGGGGGAACCUGAAGACCAGAUGAUCUGAUUAGAUUUUGGAGCACCUUGCUGCAUAACACUGUAUGUUAAUGAGGAAAGAAACAUUUUCAUAAGUACUUAAAAGAUGGGGGAAUCAUAUUGACGUUGCCUUUGUAAAACACAUUCACAUUAAUUAGUGUGAUUAAUGACCUCGUUAGUUUAGAUGUUAUUUUUAGAAUAUCAUGCAGAUUAUCAAGAGACAUUUGGCAGCUCACGUCCUCUUGUUUAAUCAAGAUUGUCUUUUUUCUUUAAAAAAAAAGACAUAUUGCAAGAGUGUAUUAUGUCAAAGAAGACGGAUGAAAUGCAGACACAGGUCUGUGUAGCCAAAUGGACUGGGAGAGGCAGGUUGUGACACGUAAAUCUUUAUUUUUUAGACCUUGGUUGAAACUUGAACAUCCCACAAAAGUAGUUUUAUGGCAACCAAAGUGGAAAAUCAGUAACUGUAUCAUUGUAGUACUGAGGUGUUUUAUCUCCCAUCAGUCAUGCAGGUCCAUGUUGUCGGUAUCAUGUAUUUCUUCCUCUGUGUUUUUGGAUAUCUGACUAUUGCAGUUCCAGGUAAGCCCAAAGUCUCCAUGUCAGUGGGAAACGACCAUGCAGCAUAUGCAGCAUAACAUCUUCAAUUAUUUAGCUCCUGUUCAUAGAAGGCUUUACGUCCAUAAGCCCGGAAACAGUUCUCUCUUAUUAAAGAUUCAUGGCACAUGGCAAGACACAUUCUUAAUCACCCCUUUGUGUCCUUUGGUUUCAUUGUUCAUGCUUUGCAUAGGACAGAAGUGCAAUUUAAGAAUCUCACUGUAUUCCAUUAUUCUAAUUAAAAUCCCAUUUGGCACUCUUAAUCUAGUAUUUCAUAUCAAUCUGCAUGCAUUGCUAAGGUGUAAUGGAAAUUUCCGACAUAUCUGAUCAGUUCACUGCGGCAGUUUCAUUAUGCAGGGCCCGAGGACAAAACCACAUUAAAUAAGUGGACUGUUUGCCCACAAUGGCCCUCAUCCGUCUUCUGACUCCUCCUGUCACCUCAGUGUCCGCAGCUGCUGGAGGAACCCACAUGAUCAAAUGCUUAAUAAUGUCUAUACUCCUGUAAAUACAUAACCAUUCUCCUUCAUAACUGCACAUACUCACAUAGAAACAGAGUACAGGUGCUCAUACUCCAUGCUAGCAACCCCAGCUUUCUGUUUCCCACCCAGCCACUGGGUGUCCUUGCCUGUGGUGGGUGGCACGGCCCUGCCAGUGAUAACGAUCCAUCACCAAAGUGGAAGUUACAGGGUCAUAAAAAUGUACAAGUAACUCAGUCUUUUUUCUCUCUUUCUCUCUCUUGCUUUUCUCUCUCUUCAGGUGAGCGUGAGUGUGUGUAAUGGCCUGUGUGAGUAUGUGUGUGUUCCCUGGACCUUUCACUGCCAGGGGCUUCAGGGUCUCCCUACACAGAUUGAUGGACACUGACGAUGGCUUCCCUCAGUUUUUGGGAAACUGGACCUGAAUGCAGACACCAGGACACAGCAGGUGGAGUUGAGGCACAGAAAGGCAAGAAAACAGGUGUCUGGCCCAGUGAUUCAACCCCAGACAGGAGCAGGAGAAAGCAGUAGAAAGCAGGGCCAUGGGGGUGAGCCUGGGCCAGGGUGUCGGCUGGAUCCUGCCUUUCCUGUUCUUGCUACUGAUGAUCACAGUGUCACCCAACCAGGGUCAAGCAUGUCCCCAGCGUUGUGACUGCAUUGCAAAACUCAAAACCGUGUCCUGUUAUGGUAAACGCCUGUCCGCACUGCCAGAUGGCAUCCCACUGGACACCAAGAUCCUGGACCUAAGUGGGAAUAAACUUCGCUGGGUAGAGCACGGUGACCUUCUUCCAUAUCAACGUCUUGAAAAGCUGGAUCUUAGUGAGAACAUGAUCAGUGUCCUGGAACCAAAUGCUUUUUCAAGUCUCCAGAACCUGCAGUCACUUUCACUGAGGGGGAACCAAUUGAAACUGGUCCCCAUGGGGGCUUUCUCACGUCUCUCCAACCUUACUUCACUGGACCUCAGUGGGAAUAAGAUUGUGAUUCUUUUGGACUUUACUUUCCAAGACCUGAAAAGUCUAAAAAACCUGGAAGUUGGAGACAAUGAUUUGGUUUAUAUUUCCAACAAAGCCUUUCUGGGUCUAGUGGGCCUGAGGGAGCUGACCAUUGAGAGGUGCAACCUGACUUCUGUCUCCAGCCAGUCUUUGUCCUACCUCCAUAACCUGGUGACUCUGCGGCUCCGCUACCUCAGUAUCUCAACCUUAGAGGACCAGAAUUUCCGUAAGCUGGGAAACCUGAGGGGCCUCGAGAUUGAUCACUGGCCCUUUUUAGAGUACAUUUCCCCUCACAGCCUACAGGGUCUAAACUUAUCUUGGCUGUCUAUUACGCACACCAAUAUCACCUCUGUGCCCACAUCUGCCCUACGCAGUCUGGCUCACCUCACCAGCCUCAACCUCUCCUACAACCCUAUCUCUGUGUUGGAGUCCUGGGCACUACGGGACCUAGUUAGGCUGAAGGAGCUGCAUCUGGUCAACACAAACCUGGUAGUAGUGCAGCCAUAUGCGCUGGGUGGUUUAAGGCAAAUCCGCCUUCUUAACCUCUCCACUAACAGCCUAGUAACCCUGGAGGAGGGAGCCUUUCAGUCUGUCAACACUUUAGAGACGCUGCGCUUGGAUGGGAACCCUCUGGCUUGCGACUGCCGCUUGCUGUGGAUCCUUCAGCGCAGGAAGACCCUCAAUUUUGACGCCGCUUCCCCAGUGUGUAUGACGCCCGUUGAGGUGCAGGGACGGGCCCUUAACGCUUUCUCUGACUCGGCUCUCUUUGAUCACUUUACUUGCCAGAAGCCCAAAAUCCGCAACAGGAAACUGCAACAGAUAUCUGCCCGCGAAGGGCAGGUUGUGUCAUUCAUUUGCAGAGCAGAAGGUGAGCCGACACCAGUGAUAUUCUGGAUCUCCCCUCAACGCCGCCGCAUCACCACAAAGAGCAGCGGCCGCCUAACUGUGUUACCAGAAGGCACAUUAGAAAUACGGUAUGCCCAGGUAACAGAUAGUGGAACCUACAUCUGCAUAGCCAGCAAUGCUGGUGGAAAUGACACCUAUUUCGCCACCCUUACAGUUAGUGGGUUGCCACUAGAUGCAGCCCUUAUGGCCAACCGCACUUACUAUGCUGGGGACCUUAAUGACACAAAUCUGAAUGACACCAGAGUCUUCUUGAAGUUUACUCUGGACCUCAAGACCAUCCUCAUAUCCACAGCUAUGGGCUGUAUCAUGUUCCUGGGGGUAGUUCUCUUCUGUUUCAUUCUAUUGUUUGUGUGGAGUCGAGGGAGAGGGCAGCACAAGAACAAUUUCUCAGUGGAAUAUUCCUUCAGAAAGGUGGAUGGACCGGCUGCCAGUGGAGGACAGGGUGGGGCACGCAAGUUUAACAUGAAAAUGAUAUGAUUAUUGGGAUCUGUUUCUCUCGUUAGAAUUCUUUACCUGAUACUGUUUACAGGCAGUCUCAAGCUAGGAAAUAAAGGGACAAGACACUGGAUGUUUGUGCUUGCAAAACACUAAAUACAAUUAUUUAUCAGACAUUUUAUUGAGACAAGGUUUUGUUAUUGAAACUACUGUAUAUAGGAGAAAAAGAGAAAUCUGUAUGGAUUUGAUAUAUUUCUACAGCUUUGUCAUGUGUUCACAUUAUUGUGCAGAGGAGAGCUGGAUUAUAGUUAAAGAUGUCUCAAAAUGUUGAAUAGACUGUUCAAAGACCAAGCAACAAAAGCACUCAGAGUCCCACCAGUCUUUAACCUCUACAAAGCUCUUGCCAACUCCAUCCUUCUUCCCUACAAGGAACUUUGUCCUCUUCAUCUUUUAAGGACUUCACCUCUCUGCUCCGUCUGAGGUGAUUCACGCUCUCUAUCUCCAAACUCAUGAAUACAUUAUAACAGGGUGGUGCUCGAUGAAUGCCAAGGACUUGCCAACAUGUAUUUGAAUAGUUCCAGCUAUAUACUGCAUAUUUAGACUCAUUUACAGUCAGGACUUUAGAGCACUAUAACAACAUAAAUAUAGAAGCUCUGCUUUUAGUAGGUAGGUUUGUACAGAUUACACUAGACAGAGACUACUCUGCAAUACUGCCAAUUUGACCUUAAAGCACCAUGUAAUACCAAUGUCAAUGCAAUGCCGUGGUAGAGAGUUACAUCUCAUUAAAUACCACUAAAAGUUGCUCAAAGCCCUUUUAAACAAAAAUCGGACUCUACAGGUCAAGCUACUAUUAAAGGACCCAGUGCACAGUUGUGCACAUGCAGAUGCGCACUUGCUAGUUAGGUUUUCCAUUGUUGUCUAUUCAGUACACACUGUACAAGACUCUUACCCUCUUGAAAAAAAAUGUAUGUAAAAGAUGAACGCAUGUACAGAGUUGGCUUCUUACUUUGAACAAUGUGCAUUAUUUGUAAAUGGAACAUUUGUUGGGGUGCAUUUAUCCCAAUGUUGAAUAGACCAUACUGUAUAGGUAGGAUAUACUGUAUAAGAUGUAUUAUAUAUUUUGUAAUCAUUGACAUUGAAUUCCUUGUGGUUGUUUGUAGUACUGUUGAGUGAGUUUUUCCGUUAAUUCUACUGUUAAAGUAUCUUUUUCAUAUCAGUGAUUUCCAGUCCAGAGCAUUUACAGUUCUCACCUUAUCAUCAGAUAGAUCUUACACUGAAACAUGCCUGAUCGCUCCCCAAGCUCACACGACAAAAUCAUGAAGGGCGUUUACAUCAGGUUUCAGUUCACUUGCCUAUUUUUGGCUUUAAGGGACAGUGGGGAGGCUUGGUUGACCAGCAGGGGGAAGGAGUUAAGUGGGUUCUCAUCAGGAUCUUGCUGUGUGAGGCACGCAGGGAAAAAUGCUAAUGUGAUAAAGACCUUGCAAACUGGAACAAAGGUCAUAAUGAAACUGAGCCAAAGAAGAGAAGGAAUUGAGGUAUUCUAGGAAGACUUAUUGACACUGUAAUCCAAAGGAUUGGACUUAAUAUAUGCCCUGUAAGAUAGCUGUAUUGUUAAAGCGGUUAUGAAAGUGAUUUCAAUAUGAUUCAUUCAGCAUUCAGAAAGUUAAUCAAGUGUUUUACCAUGACAAUGGGUGUUUCUGUAUUCCCUCAUACUGUUUAUUCAUAUAUUGAUGAGUAUGGUUUCUACUAAAGAGAAUGUAAUUCAGUGUUUUUUGCAAUCGUGGCAUUUGACAACAACAAAGACAUAAAUGCAAAUGUGUCAGUUUUAGGCCGUAUACAGCAUCUUUGGUAGUUUUAGUACUACAUAAAUACCAGAAUAAAUACUUCAGACAUAACUGAGAGAGAGAGUGAUAAAACAGGUGAACUGCCUAGUUACUACUCUAACCUCAAGGUUUAUCUCUUGAUCUGUGGGUCAAGCCUUGGGUACCAAUACCACCAAUUAAGAAAUCAGCACUCCCUGCAACUGCUGCAGCUUUAACAGUGUUGCUCUGCUGCCCUCUGUUGGCUAUAGACUGUACUGAGUGAUAUACUCUUACCAGAGCAAGAUAUGUUUUAACCUCCCCAACCUUCAAACUUCAUACUAAGCGAUUUUUUCCCCCAAAGACAUAUGUGAAGAUGACCUGGACCCAGUCUUACUGAAAGUGAAAUGAAUUCUUAAAUGAGGCUAACUUAACUUAGCAAACUCCCUCCCCUCUUCUGCAGGUCAGAGCAAAAAGACUGAAUAAAGAGUUUGUGAUCAUCAACAUAUACAAUGUGCAACACAUUUUACAGACUAGAUUUAUAACUCACAAUAUGGAAUUAUUCAUAAUUAACUUUGAAUAUGUUACUGGACUGAUUUGACACCAGUUAAGCUAAUUGAUGGUAUUUUUCAUCGUCCUUUCCUGAAUCCAUCCUGUAAAUAUGGAAAUCAUUGUGUCUGGAAAUUGUGCUAGACUGUUUUGUAUUGUAUUAUUUUAUAAAAAUGAAGCACACUGUUUAUAAAGCAUGCUAUAUUAUCUGCUACAAUGAUGUCUUGUCCCCCGUCCUAUUUUUUAUAGCCGUCAUCUGGUCACUCAACCCUUAUGGUGGAAGACUGAGAGUCUACAAAUGAACUAAGAGUCAACAAUAAACCUGUGACCCCGUCACUGUGAAAUUUUGUGUUGAAUUUUUAUAUUUCUUUGAUGUUUUCCCAGGGGUUUUCCAUAUUUUUAUUUAAAAUAGUCAAGUUAAAUAAGAUAGACCGAUGCCCUAUCUUCAUUACACAUAAAUAUAUACGACUUAGAAUAGAGUGUGCUUGUCACAGUUCACUAAUAAUAUUGGUAUUACAUAUACUAUACAGGUAGUGUUAUUAUUGUUUAUUAUCUAUGCAUUCAACUAAACAUAAGUUAAAAAUAAAAUGUAUUAAUUAGCAGAUGAAAUAGCUUUACAUUCACACUUUGAUGUGUUGUUUGUCAUAGGUCAAAUUGAGUCAUUUAGUUACAUGGCUCAAAUUAUUUAUUUUUAUUUAAUAACUGUAACUUAUUUAACAAAGCCCCUUUGUUAUUCAGUGAGAAAGGGAAUUCAUACUGUACUGUUAUGACGGUGCUGUAAAACUGGUAUGCUUAUAAUAAUAAUAUAGAUUAUAGUAUAAUAUUUAAAGCCCCCCUCUACUCAAAAAUUUAUGAAGCUUAUCGUUUGGUGAUGAACGUUCUAGACUUUGA